AUGCACUCCCCAGAGAUCCUGGCUUAUGCCAAUGUGACAGCAGCGGGCAACAGGCAGUAUGCAGAAGAGCAUGGUUACGGCUUUCAUAUCUUGGACCAUGUUAUCGACCACUCAAGGGUCCCUCACUGGUCUAAGAUUCAUGCUAUACUAAUUCAUUUGGCAGACUAUGACUUCGUGUUCUGGAUCGACGCGGAUGCUGUCAUCUAUGACCAGACGAAAACACUGGAAGAGGUCUUUGACAUUGAUUCUCAUCUAGAUGCUGAGAUAUUUGCACAAGAUAUAUGGCCAGACUUCCCUUCCAUGCAAAGAGAGGAGCUGAUGGAUGGAGCAACUGUUUUGUUUAGAAACAGUCCAUGGACACGCCAGUUCCUGCUGGAGAUGUAUUACUUCCCUGAGUGCCAGGAGUAUCUGAACUGGACAGAGCAAUACUGUCUUACAGUGGCUCAUAAGCAUGACCUCAUGGGGAUGAAAUCCAAGACUGUCAUUCUGCCGACCCCUCGCGUCAAUCACCACAGGAUCCCCUCGGCUCUGGAGCAGAGGAGCCUCUUCGUGUUUCAUUAUGCUGGGAGGUCUACAAUGGCGCGCACCCGGCACUUCCAACUUCUGCAUGAGGGCUUCCAAUCCACUUUCCAGUCGUCUCGUUAUCAAGACUUCUGGAGCUUCCACGAGCUUUUCCGCAGGCAACAGUUCGGUGGUUUAGCUUCAAUCCAGCUCUGUGUUUUCGGAUUCGGUGAUCGACAUCAGAUGUUCCUAGAAGGCCUUCUAUUCCACUUUCCUUACAUCACGGGCUUCAUUGUGGUUCUGCAGGGAGCUCCUGGCGUGUACACUCAGAUGCAGAAGUCGGACAGGAUAGGGGAGAAGUUUGGUACUCGCAUGGCUGCGUUGGAUAUUCGUGAGUAUCAGCUGGGACGGACUCGGGACGGCAAGGAGUUUGUGAAGAGCUUCUUUUGCGACCUCCUGGUGGUUGGCGUAGAGAGCUGGCGGCACUUGCCACAGGGUGCGCCGGCUUUGGUGCCUUUUGUCACGCAAGGCUUAGAUCCAUACCAGGGUGAGCGUGGCCACGGCUUCGGCUACAGUGCUGUAAAGGAUGCCUUCUUCAUCCUCCUGGAUGAUGGCUGCGAGGUCAACAACUCAGGGAUGACGGCCAAGGAGGGAGCUGCCCUGGACAAGGAUGACGAGACGGGUAAGGACCUGGAGUCCGCUUGCAAGUUCAUGGAACAACUUUACGUCGCCCUUGCCAGGGUUGCUGGCGAAGUGAAGCAGGACAGCAAGCGCUUCCUCGACGAAGACACGGAUCUCUAUUCCCCCCUGGCCGCAGAAGAAGGGGCCAGGACUGGGGCUGCAGACCCUGUCAUCAGGAGUGAGCCCACGUCCUGGGGCAUAGAGACGCUCGGGAAAGCGACUUUAGCCCGGGUUCCUCGCAUGGCCUUUAUCUAG